AAAAAGUUUCAUGUUUGACGGAUCGUUUGUGUCGUCUGUGGAGUGGAAACAUUGCUAUUUGUUGCAUUUAUUUAUUUCUAUUUACUAUUCGUUACUAUUACUCACUGAUCACUCAGCGCCACUUAUUUAAUUAUUUUUACCAACAAACCGAUAGAAGGUACUAACGACGGUUACUGCUUAUUGAGAGCACCCAAAUUCUAAAAUGAAUAUACUUCCAAAGAAAAGAUGGCAUGUGAGAACUAAAGAGAAUAUAGCAAGAGUCCGGAAAGAUGAAGCAGAAGCUGCAGAAAAAGAGAAACAGGAAAAGUUAAGAACAGAAAGAGCAGAUCGUGAAGCUCGGCUUAGUGUACUAAAACAUAAAAGUAAACUCAAGCUACAGGAAUAUGGAAUUGAAGACAAAGAUGCAGCACCAAAAGAAGAGGAAGUUCUCGAACAUGUUAAUUUAUUUAGUAAUUUUGAAGAAGCUAUAAAAACUACAAACAAAGAUCAUGAAAAUGAUUUAAAAAAUAAAAAAGAGGAAUAUGAAAAGAAAAUAGGAUAUUUGACUUAUUUGGGGCAAGACACAAAUGAGGCCCUUGGUAAGAAAAAUUGGUAUGAAGUACCACCAGCAGCAUCUGGCACCUCAAGAUCAACAACAAGUAAUAUAAAAGAUACUUAUGAUAAGUUGGUCUUGAAAGAUGAAGAUGGUAAACCCAAACAUAGAGAAGUAGAUGAGAAAAAUGGGGAAGUUGGGUGGAAAAAGAAACAGAGUAUUGAUCCUAUGAAUGCAUUUAAGCAUUUAAAUCAUUUUAGCAAAACACAACCCACACCAAGUAAAGACAAGAAGUCUGGUAAUCUUAGUAAUAAGGAAGAUCAACAAAAGGAUAAGAAAAAGAAACAUAAAAUAGAUAAGAGAGAAGAAAAGGAAAAGAAGUUACAAAAGUUAAGGGAAGCCAGACUCAAGCGUGAGCAACAAGAAAAAUACAAAACUGAAUUAUUUUUAACGGGACUUAACAAAACACCUGUGGAUACCAAUGAUGAGGAGAAAGAUAACAGAGUAAAGGCAAAAUAUAAUUCACAAUUCAACCCUGAACUAGCAAGACAAAACUACAGGUAGUGAAGAAGCAUUUGCCAAGAAUAUUUUAAACUUUAUUUAUAAAGGUAUACUUAAAAUUAGUUUAUAACUUACAUAUUUU